CUGCAAGCUCUCUCGCGGCUGGCCGAACGCGGACUCAGACGACAUGACCAACAACACGACUCACGGCCAGACCGACGUGCCCACUUCCGGACCACAUGAAGCGAUAACGACUCGCCUCGAUGGGUGAUGCAGCAUGUCUGCGCAGCCCCCACGCACGGAAGAGGAGGAGACGGAGGAGCAGCACCACUCCGGCCUCCAGGUUGAUGACGAUGGCGGAGAGGACAACGAGGCGGAGGAGGAGGAGGACGACGACGACGACGACGACGGCGAAGACGACGACGACGAGCCCAAGCUGAAGUACGCGAAGCUGACCCCGAGCCUAUCCAACGUGUACCGCAAUGGCGAUCUCACCACCGCCUUUGGCGUGUAUGGCGACAAGAUGGUCGUGGGCACAGCAAAUGGCAGCGUACAUGUCCUCGCUGUGCCUACGCUACAGAGCUUGCGCACCUACAAGGCGCAUUCGGCCAGCGUGACCAGCGUAUCCGUGUCUCCGGUGCCGCCUGCACCAGUACUGGUACAGUCCAAGGACGGCAGCGCUUCACUGCUACAGGCCACAUUGCCCACCGACAAAAAGCUGGCCCCUCCUACGCGAACUGCCACCAGCACAUCGUUGCCGAGAGGACAGCAGCGAUCACAGCAAGCCGCUGUUCCGAACACACCGAACAACCAAAUAUAUAUCGCUACGUCCUCCCAAGAUGGGCACGUAUGCGUGCAGUCGCUGGUUGAUCCUCAGGAUGUUCAGCUUCGCAACUUCGCGCGUCCCGUGAAUGCGGUGGCUCUUUCGCCAGAAUACAAGAGCGACCGGACCUAUCUUUCUGCCGGCUUAGCUGGGAAGCUCAUACUAACCGUUGGCGGGAGGGCUGGAGUCAGCAUAGACGCCAAUACAAACAGUGCGGCAGCUGCGGCGACGGGUUGGCUUGGAGCAAUUGGGUUGGGGGCUAACAACGGCACGGAUACCAUCUUGCACUCGGGCGAAGGAGCAAUCAGCAAUAUCAAAUGGAGCUUGAGUGGGAAAUGGGUCGUAUGGGUCAAUGAAGAAGGCAUCAAGAUCAUGCGAAGUCACCUCAAGCUUGGUAGCGAGAAUCGGGAAGACGCCUGGAAGCGUAUAGCACAUGCGGCGAGACCGAAUCGCAAAACGUGGGAAGACAUGGUUGGCGUGUGGAAAGGCCGAUGUGAGUGGAUUGAUGAGCAGGGUCUGGAGAGCGACGAGCUAGCCACUGGUCGUGGAGAGACACAUUCGAAAGGCGCGAAUGGCACAAACAACACAGAUGGUCCAACACAAGGCAAGAAGAAGUUUGAGCGAUUAGUCGUGGGCUGGGGAGACACCGCGUGGGUAUUGCAUGUGCAGUCAGGAAGCUCAGUGCCCUCGUCACCCAACGCAAAGAGGCAAGUGGGCAGCGCAGACAUCAUACAUAAGAUGCAGUUCCGAGACUGUAUCAUUUCGGGUAUCAGCCUGUACACGCCCUCACUCCUGGCGAUCUUGGCAUAUCGAACGCGAGACGACGAUGACAAGCCCAUCAUGCAAGCACCUCUCUCCGAGGACAAGUCCAGCACCCCUACGAAAACAGGCCGUCAGCAUCGACAUACUAGUCUGGCACCACAUCUUCGACUUGUCAAUGUGGCUGAUGGUGAAGAGGUCGAGCUCGACGAGUUGGCUGUAUCACGAUACGAGACUCUUUCGUCGCAGGACUAUCACCUGGGAACGCUUUACAUGCCUCCCCCAUUGCCCGAAAAAAGUGCGAAAGAAGAAAGAGGAAAGCUUGGCGAGCUCUGGAAUGUUACUCGCGAUGUCGCAGUCACAAGUGGUGGCUAUGCCACGAGGAUCUUCUCAUCGAGCGCGAGUGUCUUCAGUGGCAGCAGUGGAGAUCGAGAUGCGAACGGCAGAGCAAUGUCUUUUGCGUCUACUGGGCGUCAGGGCUCUGGAAUGGAUGUCACCUCGACCCCGGUACUCACUCGCAACGUGGACGCUCAUCCAUACUCACUGGAACCUGGCCUGAAGCUGUUUAUUCACUCCCCUUUUGAUUGCGUGCUAGCUGUGAAGCGCGAACUCUCUGAUCAUCUUGAAUGGCUCCUCGAGCACGAGCACUACGAAGAUGCCUGGAAGCUGAUUGACGAACAUCCGGAGGCUGUCGAUGCAUCCACAGCCGACCUACAGUCCGUCUCAUCGACUCCCACUUCCCCCAACAAAACCGGGACAAAUCAGAGUCUCGCCGACUUUUUCGGAUCUGAUUCCAGCUCGCAGGCCACAAAUCCUGCUAAUGCUCUGCGUGCUCACAACGCUGCUCCACAGCGAGAAAAGAGGCGUAUAGGCGAUCUCUGGCUGCAACAAUUGGUAUCAACUGGAGAUUGGCGGCGCGCGGGAGAGGUUGCCGGCAAGGUGCUGGGAACUAGCAGUCGAUGGGAGCACUGGGUGUGGACUUUUGCUCAGUCCAGCAAAUUCGACGAGAUAACGCCAUACAUUCCAUCAACGACGCUGCAACCUCCGCUACCGAGCCUGGUGUACGAGGUGAUUUUAGGUCACUACAUUGUCAAGGAUGUCUCUCGUUUAACAGAUCUGUUGGACAAGUGGGAUCCGGAGCUCUUCGACGUUCAGAGCGUCAUCAGUGCCAUCGAGGAUCGCUUGGACAGUGGCGAAGUGACCAAAGAUACUACAGAAGAUGGGGAGAAGGGCCGAGACUGGCGAGCCCUGAUGGAUGCGCUCGCCCGUCUGUAUCUUGCCGACAACCGAGCUGUAGACGCUUUGAGAUGUUAUAUCGCGCUUCAAGAUGCGGAGAAGGCAUUCAGCUUGAUGAGAGAAGAAAAACUGCUGGAUUCUGUCGCAGAUGAUAUCCCAGGACUCCUGAUGCUUCGUGUUAGCAGAGAACAGAUGCGAUCAGCAACCUUAUCCGAACUGGAGGAGGCCAGCACCGAGGCAGUGCAAUUGCUUGUGGAAGAGGCGUACCGCGGGACGAUACCUACGCCUGAAGUCGUUGCUCAGUUGCAAAGUAAAGGCGACAAGUUCCAGCCAUUCCUGUUCUUCUAUUUCCGCGCACUCUGGAACGGUGCUUCGUCACCAAGCAGCAGCGCAAAUGCUGCUCCUCGACGAAAAUUCGAUCGCCGUAUAGACGAGGGACACAUGCUGGUCAAUGAUCAUGCCGACCUGGCUAUUCGCCUCUUCGCUGAGUAUGAUCGUGAUCUGUUGCUCACAUUCUUGAAGUCAUCCGAAGUCUACAGCUUCGACAAAGCAGCUGAGAUAUGUGAGAAACGGCACUAUAUUCCGGAGCUGGUACAUAUUCUCAGCAAGACGGGACAAACCAAGCGUGCUUUGUUUUUGAUCAUUGGCGAGCUGGGCGAUGUCUCGCAAGCCAUUGCUUUUGCGAAAGAGCAUCCAGAUCUGUGGAACGACCUGCUGGACUACAGCAUGGACAAACCUUCGUUUAUACGUGGUCUCCUAGAAGAAGUCGGCGCCGCGGCAGCAUUCAAUCCAAUAGACGUGGUGCGACGCAUACCCGAGGGCCUUGAAAUUGAAGGCUUGAAGAGCGGCAUUCAGCGCCUCGUCCGCGAAUUUGAGAUUCAGCUGUCCAUCUCAGAGGGCGUAGCUAGAGUGCUGAGAGGUGAGGUAGGCAUGGGUAUGGACACGCUUCGUGCGGGCCGUAAGAAGGGCGUGCGGUUUGAGGUAAAGCAUGAGACUUCUACCGAAGUGAAUCUUGCCGUCAUCGAUCCUCCUACGCAGGUGCCGGAUGGCGAGGAACUACCUGUACCAAAACGACUGAGCAAGACCGAUGCCAAGAGCGAAGUCGCCCAAAGACCUGCAAGGCCGGGACACUGCGUCGGCUGUGAUGAGGUUUUCCACGAAGACGAAAAGGAAACUCUCAUCGGCUUCGCUUGCGGGCAUGUCUACCACUUAUCCUGUCUUCUGGACGCGAAUCCCGAUACGCACGCAACGCGUGAAGCAGAAGACUUGCUGGAUGAGAUGCACCGCGCCGCAGAAGAAGGGCAGGACUCGGGAUACAGCGGGAGAAGUGUUGGAGCAAAGGUCGCGCACGCUCACAUCAUUGGGAAUGUGGUGAAAGGAGGGUGUCAGCGAUGCGUGAUCCCCGAAGGAGCAUGAACAAUUGUACGGUCCGCAAGCAUACGGACUGGGGACUGAACAAGCAUGGCAUUGUUUUGUGACGAGAAGAGGCAGAUCAGCAUUUCGUGCGCAAUAAGAUACCCAAGUACUGCAGAACAU